AAGCCAGAGUAAAUUUAACAGACAACAUCACAUCAUCGUUGUACACCAACAAGCCGUGACAAACAAAUUAACUUUGUAAAAAAAGUAAAUUAAAAAAUCCAAUAACAAAAUGUACAGUCAAAUUGCUAUUUUGUUGGUUGCAACAAUUGCAGUAAGUAUUGCAGCACCAUCUGGUAUUUAUGGUUAUGGAUCAAAUCUUGCUGGACCAGUUGUACCACCAUCAUCACUUGCUGGACCAGUUGUUGGACCACAAAGAAUAUCUGGUGCUGUUGAUGGAGGUGCUGUUGUAACUGGAUCAGUUGCUGGACCAUCAGUUGUAUCUGGAAGUGUUGUUGGUGGUACAGCUGUUGUUGAACAAGGCUAUGGAUAUGCACCAUCUGUUCUUGGUCUUGGUGUACCAGGUGUUCAUGGUCUUGGUGUAUCACCACUUGGUUGGGGAGCACCAGCUCUUGGACUUGGUCUUGGACACGGAGCUGUAAUUGCUGGACCACACGCUGCAAGUGCUGCACUUACUGGUGCUGUUUCAGUUCCUGCUGUUGUUGCUGGACCAUCUGGUAGCAUUGUUACUGGAUAUGGUGCCACUGGUGGUAUUGCACGUGGAUACUAUGGUGCUCACUAUUAAGAAAAUAAUUUAUGAAAACCAUCUAAAAUCGUCAAUUUUCAACGAACAAUUACUGAUCAUCAUUCUACAGACCACCAGCAUACCCAACAAAGUUUCAUGUUUUUUUUUAGCAAUGUUUUUUUUACCGCUAUAGUACCUCGAUGAUUUUGUUAAGUGUGUAAAUUACGAGCGUUAUCAUACAUCUAUGUAAACUUGCAUAAACUUAUAUUGAUAUGAAUAAAAAUUGCAUUAAAAAUUCAAACAA